CAAAGGCUCAGCACAUCAAACCACCAGUCCCAGUGUUUGUGACAACAUCAACACCAGUCCAGUACUCCACUUAAAGAGAAAGAGUCCGCUUCCAAAGACGGCUUUGCUAGGGAAGAAUUGUCCCAUGGCUUGGAAAUGAAACGCUGUUCACGGGAAGAGGGUCCUUGGUCUGUGUCGUUAGGAGAGGUGCAGGAUUGGAGGGACUACCUAGUGAAGCGCAGCACUCUUUGGGUGAAAUGGUACUUACCUCAGAGAGACUGUCUGCUUAAGAAAAACAUUUUCAGCUUGAAGUUGGGAGACACUAUAGUCUGCAUUUAAGCCUUCUACCUCAGACAUUACCUACAAGGACACAGUUCCAUAAGCUUGACUCACAAGUUAAAAGGCUGAAAUAGAAUUCAGUUUUCAUUGAUCAUCAGAAAGUCGGCAGGUCAGAAGCCCUGUGAAAAUCCUCAAAGUACUAAAGCCUUCUGUCACAGCAUUUACUUGAAUAAACUAGCAAAAUCUGAAACAGAAAAUAAACCUUAUGAAUAUACUGUUAGUGGUGAGUCUUUCAACUAUGGUAUCUCCCUUCAUUUUCAUAAUAGAAUUUUUUUAGUGGAGAAUAGUGGUGAAUGUAAGGAAUAUGGAAACCUCUUUAACCGUAGCAGGUCUCCGAAUGAACAUGAGCCAGUACAUUUUGGAGAAAGUCAGUGUGCUUGUGAUGAGUGUGGGGAAACCUGUUCUGAGAGUUUGUGCCUUGUACAAAUGGUAGAAAGCAAUCUUGGAAAGGCAUCAUUCAGAUGUAAGGAGGGCCGUGAAAUCUUCCACAAGGCCUCAUAUUUUCCUCAUAAUGUCAUUGAGACUGGAAAGAAGCCAUAUGCAUGUAGUCAGUGUGGAAAAUCUUUCAGCUGUUGCUCUAAGCUUGUUGUACAUCGGAGAACUCAUACUGGAGAGAAACCUUAUGAAUGUAACCAAUGUGGGAAAUCCUUCACCCAGAGUUCCAAACUUAUUAGGCAUCAGUGAACUCAUACACAGGAAAAACCAUGUAAAUGUCACAAAUGUGGAAAAUCCUUCCGGUGGAACUCUAACCUUAUUGUACAUCAAAGAAUUCAUACCAGUGAGAAGCCAUAUAAGUGUGCUCAUUGUGGAAAGUCCUUCAGCCAAAGCUCUGCCUUUGUUGAACAUAAAAGAACUCACACUGGAGAGAAACCCUAUGAAUGUGACCAGUGUGGAAAAUCCUUCAUUCAAAGCACUCAGCUUACAAGGCAUCUGCAAAUUCACACUGGAGAGAAGCCAUAUAAAUGCAAUCAGUGUGAAAAAGCUUUCACUGGGAGAUCUCACCUUGUUGUGCAUCAGAGAACUCAUACUGGAGAGAAACCUUUUGAAUGUAGUCAGUGUAGAAAAGGUUUCACUGGGAGCUCUCACCUUCAUUCACAUCAGAAAAUCCAUUCUGGACAGAAACCAUAAGUGCUUGUUUGAAUGUAUUAUGUCCCCCAGAAAAAGCCAUAUUCUUUGAUGCGAUAUUGUGGGGCAGGCAUAUUAGUGGGGAUUAAGUUGGAACAUUUGGAUUAGGUUGUUUGCGUGGAAAUGCGUCCCACCCAGCUGUGGGUGAUGACUGAUGAGUUAAUAUCCAUGGAGGCAUGCUUGAUCAGUGGAGCCAUAUAAAUGAGUUGACAAACAGAAGGAACUCAGUGCAGCUGAGAGUGACAUUUUGAAGAGGAGCUACAGCCAAGAGGGACACUUUGAAGAAAGCACAGGAGCU